AUGUUUCGUCUCCUCCUCAGUCUUGCUGCUCUGACAGCUGUCACCGCCUGUCCUCAACAUGAAAUCAACCAACAUAGCAAUACCCUCAAUAAACGAGCUGGCGGCACCCAAGACUGGACAUAUGAAGCAUCGUAUAACUGGGGCAUGAUCAACUCCAAUUACACACUCUGCCAAACCGGCACGAAUCAAUCUCCCAUCAUGCUCAUGAUAACCCAAGGCCUUUCUCAAAACCACGCCCCCUCCUUCACCACCGGGUACUCCUCCCCCGCAUCAGGAACCUUCUACAACUGGGGUUACGGCCCUGCAUUCACGACAAACAGCACGGCUAUCACGGAGGCACCUUCCAUGACAUACGACAACGAAACUUUGUACCUAAAAGGAUGGCAUAUCCAUUCCCCCGCUGACCACACGGUGCAAUCCGACCGCUCGAAAGCGGAGCUACAUCUCGUACACGCGGACGCCAACGGUGUCGAACGCGGGGUCGUGGCGAUCCGGAUUGAUCCUGGGCAUUCGGACUCUUCUUUCUCCUCCCAAUUCACGUCAUCGAGCUCAUCAAUCCCAGGUUUCGAUUCGCACGAGGGAAUACAGAUGGAGAUUGAUAUGUUGCAGGCGCUGAAGGAGGUCAAUAUGUUCAACGAGUUUUGGACGUAUGAGGGGAGCUUGACGAGUCCACCAUGUACGGAGGGGAUUAGGUGGUGGGUGGCGAGAAAUGUGUUGUUUGUGGGGGUGGAGCAGAUGCAGAGGAUUUUGGGGGUUAGUACUUAUAGUGCGCGGGUGGAGCAGGAGGUGUGGAUGCAUGGAAUUAAUGUUUAGAAGAGGAGAUAGAUAUGCUUGGGCGGUGGGGAAUUCAGCUGUCACUUCUAUGCCGCUACUGCAUUCGGAGGUUAUAGGACAGUAUGGAAAUGUAUGUUAUCGACUUGGGUUUCAGCUACAGAUCUGGGCCUUGAUUCUCAGCAAAAUCUCC